CUCGGCUGUAAUUGCUGCGUCAGAAAGAGAGAGAGAGAGAGAGAGAGAGAGAGAAGGGAGGGGAAGAGAGAUAGAAAGAGAGCGCGACCCGCGAGAGCUGUUGCACAUGGCGAGCUCCGGCGACGCCCCGGCGGCGGCGCGUGAGGGCGCGGAGGGCGGCGGCGGGGACAACAACUCCUCGGCGGAGCUGUGCGAGUCGGAGAGGGGGGGCGAGCGGAGCGUCUUGGGCGGGGCCGGCGGCGGCGGCGGCGGCGGAGGAGGUGGCGGGGGGAGCCGGUGGCCGAGGCAGGAGACGCUGGCCCUCCUGAAGAUUCGUUCGGACAUGGAUGGCGAGUUCCGCGACGCGAGCGUGAAGGGCCCCCUAUGGGACGAUGUCUCCAGGAAGCUAGGAGAGCUUGGGUAUAAUCGAAGCGCCAAGAAAUGCAAGGAGAAAUUUGAGAACGUGUACAAGUACCACAAGCGCACCAAGGACGGUCGCACCGGCAAGCACGAGAAGAAGACCUACCGCUUCUUUGACCAGCUGGAGGCUCUCGAGAACCAGUCCCCUUCUCCUUCCGUCCCUCCUCCUCAGCCGCCGCCUCAGAUGGCUGCCGCCGCCACCGCCGCUGCCGCCGCAGUGAGCACCGCUGGCCCGCCCUUCACUGUUACAUCGGUCACGACCCAUCAUCACAUCGCCACGUCGCAAUUCAGUGUGGCGCCGCCCACUGGGACAGUUCCUCCUGCGGGCUUUCCUUCUUCAGCCGGGAAUGUGGCUGUGAACCUGGCACGGGGCAGCGGGGUCGCAUCAUCCGCGCUCCCUAGCAUGCCUGGGGAUUUGGCCAUCUCGGAUGCUUCCGUGCCCUCAUCUUCCUCCACUUCGUCGGAUGAGGAAUUGGGGCCCCCGACACGGCGAGGAAUGAAGCGGAAGUGGAGGGGCUUCUUCGAGCGGCUGACGAAGGAGGUGAUGGACAAGCAGGAGGCGAUGCACAGGAAGUUCCUGGAGAUGAUCGAGAAGCGAGAGCAGGAGAGGAUGGCCAGGGAGGAGGCCUGGAGGGUGCAAGAGAUAACCAGGAUCAGCCGGGAGCGCGAGAUCCUCGCACAGGAGCGGUCUGUGGUGGCAGCUAAGGAUGCGGCCGUGUUGUCGUUCUUGCAGAAGAUUGCCGAGCAACAAUUCCCGGGCCAGGCACAAGCUAAUCCGUCGCCACCUCCACUGCAGCCGCAGCCACAGCCACCAGUGCGGCAUGUGCCAAACCUGUCGUCGCCGCAGCCCAUAUCAGCCCUGGCCACGACACCAGGAGAAAUUAUCAGGUACUCCCAGGCACAGUCACAGGUGGUGAACAUGGAGAUCCAUCGGAGCGCAAAUAACGGCGACAAACAAGCCCCACGGAGCUCCUCGAGGUGGCCAAAACUGGAGGUCGAGGCACUGAUCAAGCUGCGGACCGACCUCGAGUCCAAGUACCAGGAGAACGGGCCGAAGGGGCCCUUGUGGGAGGAGAUCUCGGCGGCCAUGAGGAAGGCCGGGUACAACCGGAGCGCUAAGCGGUGCAAGGAGAAGUGGGAGAACAUCAACAAGUACUUCAAGAAGGUGAAGGAGUCCAACAAACAAAGGCCUGAGGACUCCAAGACCUGUCCCUACUUCCACCAGCUGGACGCCAUCUACAAGGAGAAGAGCCACAAGUUCGAGGCCUUGGCGGGCCAACUACCGAAGCCGGAGAGCUCAGCAAUGGCGCCACUGAUGGUGACGCCAGAGCAGCAAUGGCCGCCUCCCCCGGCGGAGCGGCGGAUGGUGGACUCGACGGCGGAGGACAUGGACAGCGACCACAACCCCGAUGAGGAAGAGGGCGAUGAGGAGGAGGAUGGCAACGAGGGCGACUAUGAGGUUGUGGCAAACAAGCCACCCUCAGCGGGUGCUAAUAGCGAGGACACACAUGAUUGUUAGCAAAACCAUUGUUCAGGUCAUUUCACAGGUCGGGCCGGAGAAUUAGGCUGGGCGGGCGGGUCAGACCGCCCUCCGGCGGCGGCGAAUCAAGGUGAAGGGAUGAAUUUAUACGUCAAAUCACAUGGGGGUUGCGAGGAUGGGGGAUUGUAGCAUAUGGUGAAGUGGGGUUUACAUCUUUUUAAUUUGUUUGAUUUUAUAAUGAUUAAUUUAUUUUGUACCCAGGUAAUAAAAAUGAAAAAUCGUGGGAGAGAGUGAGGCGUUCAGGUUCUUCACAAGGGAUUUAAUAAAUAAACAUUAGAAAGAGGGAGAGAGAGGGAGAGAUGUUUUUCAGUUGAUGUUCCAAAUAUUCAUGUUGACUGGUAUAUCUAAACGAAUACAACGGUUCGCUUUGGUUUC